UGAACUGCACCAGGAUGUAAAGAUCAAUGUGGGCCAAGUCAAUCUGAAUGGAAAUUAUUACACUGAGUUCCCACCUACAGCUCCACUCCUGUCUUAUUUCAGCAGUGAAACAGGAACUUACUCACCAGUAAAACAUUAUAAGUGCAGCCAUGAUAGGAAGGAGGAGAGAAUGAGAGAGGGGAGGAGAAAGACAUAGAGUGCUCAAAUGUCAAAUGGAGGGUGGAGUGUAUGACGUUGAACGCAGGCAGAAAGGGAGGGGGAAUGAGAAAGAAAGGGAAGAACUUUUUUCCGAUAGCUUUUUCUUCUCCCAAAUGAAACAUUUAUACGAAACGAAUUGACUUAAACGCUUUUACUGGCGAAUGAAUGCUGCAAUAAGCAGAAAGGAGAGGGAGAGAGAGGAGUAAACAUUUGCUGAACUCACUCAGCUACUCUUGUGCAACAUAUGACCGCAUUAAAAAUUAACAGUGUGAAGUCUGUGGCCUCUUGACAGGAGGUAUGUUUUUCUUUCCAUUUUUUCUCCUAUCACUACUUAUGCACACACAUUUAUUGCUCAGUAGCUUAUACUAGGGAAGAAUGUAAGUUUAUCUAACCUUUGAUCAGCACAGUAUGCAGCUAUUCUAAUGCUUGAAGUAUUGAAGUUUCUAUUUCAAACCAUUACAUCAUGAAUUUGAAAUGAGAUUCUGUGUGACGUGAUUUCAAUUGCAAAUCAGUCUUUCAGUUGUAUGUGACAUAAAAUGAUACACUUGGUUAAAUAGUUAAUAGUUUUGUUGGAAUGCAUGAAUGAAACAUUAUUACAUAAUGUUUUGUUUUCUCUGCACCACAGACGUUCACUUGAGCAUGACUUCAGAAUUGGACUCAAGCUUGACCAGCAUUGACUGGCUUCCCCAGUUGGGAAUCAGCACCUUGCGUUCAGGAAAAGAAAGAGUGGAACGAAAGAAAGAGCGAGGAAGAGAGAAGGACAUCCCUCCCAUAUGUACAGCAUCUCCUGCAUCUAAUUCCAAAGGGAAACCCCCACACAGCUAUGCCACUCUCAUCACCAUGGCAAUUAGUUCAUCCCCUGAAAGGAAGCUGAGUUUGAAUGACAUUUACACAUGGAUCAGUGAUAGAUUUCCUUUUUAUAGCAGAGCAGGAAGAGGGUGGAAGAACUCAAUUCGGCACAAUCUGUCCCUCAAUAAAUGUUUCCGGAAAGUUCCUCGACCACAGAGUGACCCUGGAAAGGGUUCAUACUGGACAAUGGAUGGACCGCCUGACUCAACACAACACAGAGGUGUCAAACGGCCUCAUCCUGAAGAGGAGGCUCCAUACUCAGAGACCAAAGAGCCUUUCAAUCAACCGGAGCCCCUCCCACCUCUCCCAGAUGUCAACAGCACAGUCUCUCCCCUUCCAUGCAAGCAACGUCGAACUGCCCCAAUACCUGCAUCUUUUCCUUCCUUGAUUCCUUCGAACCCCCAUGCGGAUCCUCCUCUCCGAUUCUCCUUUGCUGAUUUGAACCUACCGGACCUGUACAAUUCCUUUCAGUCUCUCUGUCGCUCUGUUAGAGAGAGAGUCACCUCACAUUCGGAUGUUCCCAAUUUGCUUGGACUUACCAAUGACAGUACACCACUCCAUACCCCAACCCUGCCUCCUCUCUCCCCCUGCCCCUGUCCGAACCCCAACACUAACCAAUACACCAACCCAAACUCAAAUCCAAACCUUAAUGCCAAUCGCAACUUCAACCCAAAUACACCUAAUACUAACUCUAGUUUUAUUCCCAACUUACACCCAAACCACAACCAGAACCCCUCUAACAUUCAUUCAAAUUCUAACACUGAGCCUGACAAGCUGCUACACAGUAAUGUUGUUCCUGCAGACUGGUUCAGUAAUGCGGAUUCUUUGAGAGAGAGUUUCAGGAUUGCUAGUAGUCUGGACUGGGCUAACAUUGACCUCACUUGUCACCCUGACCUGGUAGAGAGCAUGCGUCAGGCUGAGCUCUGUGACUGGGCAUUGGAUGCGACUCUCUUCACAUCUCUUUGUGAUUCGCUCAACCGUUUCUUCACUCAGAAGGGUCUCAUUGGCUCCUCUUCUGGUGGCCACUCCUCGUUGGGACAAAUUACCCCACCUCCUUUCAGUAUGCCGUCCACUAACCCUCCCACCCUGGCUCAACCCUCUCCACUGAUCUACCCCUCCCAACAGCCUCCUGGUGAACCUACCCUCCACAGUCCGAGGAGAACCCUGACCCCUCAUGCCCAGAACCAGACAGCACAGAUACCACCAGGGCUGCAGCCCACAACAAGCCAGCCUCUGACUCCUAACGUACUUCAGACUCAGCCACUGACUCCAAGCGGUCGUCCACCUUUGAAGAAUCUUCAUAGCAACAGUGAGGAGAUCCAGGAUGACUUUGAUUGGGAUUCCCUUAUUGAGUGAUUCAUUGGCAAACAAACAUACAGAAUACACAGUAAAAUAAAACAUAUCAUGAGCCAAUUCCACAGUUUUGUCAAAAAGGAAUUGAGGCCAACUCAUUAAUCUUUAAUGAGUGUUUCAUGUAUAUAUGGAACAAAGGCAGAUGUCAGGAAACCACAAAUUGAACAUCAUUCAGGUAUUUGUUUCUCUUCAGUGUGGCACUACUUUACAUUUACUGCUGCACAAUGGUUCAAAUUUAAUUGUUCGCAUGUUGAAAUGCUGGCACACAAUGAUUGCCACCUAUAGUGAGAAUAACCAAACCUUACAAUGUUUUCAUUAGUGUAACAUCCCUUUUUGCUUAGUGCAAGCUACACAGUAGCUCUUAGCAACUAUGCCCAGCUGCCUCUUAUAUCGGAGUACCUGUACACAAAGCGACAAUGUAAAUAACACUAGCACUUCCAAAGCCCUAGCCAAUAGAAAAUGCCUAGAUUUUUUCAAAAUGUUGAUAUAGGCUUCCCUUACUUACAAUCAUUGGUUCUACAGGUAGUGAAAAUGUUUUUAUUUUUAUUUUAUUUUUUUUACAGCUGCACAGAAAUGGUUGUAUAUUGCAUGUACACUAACAAAUAGUGGGUAAAGAAAUGCAGUUUAACUACUCUGAGGUAUAUGAUAAUACAUUUGGGUGUAUUUUGACUGACAAUGACAGACUUUUUUUUUUUUACUGAAUAUUGCAAAAAAUGUUGCCACCUGUUCACUUUAGGAUAUCCCUCUGGGGACCUAAACUUUUUCAAAAAAAGAAAAAAGAAACAUUGAACUUGAUAUUACAACUGCCUGAAGAGUGAAUGCAAACCACAGCAAAAUAAAGCUUGGACAAUUUAAUUUCUUAGAUUUAUUUUUUAUUUCUUAAAUUUCUUAGAUUUUUUUUUUUUCUCCAUUUUAUUUUUAAAUGUGAAUGUUCACAGUCAACACCACACAAUUUCCGACCAUAGCCAAUAUUAGAGAAAAUAAUUCAUUGAAAGUAAAUAAAGAAUAACAGCAUGGAUUGUGUCAUUCAGUCCCCAAUUUUCAUAGUAUGAUUUCACUUAGUCAUUCAGGUCCAUUUU